CUUAAGAGUUUUUACUUUCCACAAUCGUUUUUUUUCCUUCUUCCUCUACCUAUCAACCUUUAUAGCACAAACGCACACCCACUAAUAAACCAAAUGGCUUGACUGAAGAAGGGAAAACAAUUUGUGUAUAGUUACCUAUCACUCUCUUCAAUCUAAUGUUUCCUUCUCUAGACACCAAUGGCUAUGACCUCUUUGAUCCCUUUAUUCCCCAUCAAACAUCCAUGCUUCCUUCUUUCACUACUCACACCCAACGCCCUAAUUUUCACCACCACCACCCUUUGCCUUAUUUUCCUUUCCCUUCAGAUUUUCUUGAUGAAACUGUCUUGAUAAGCCAGUUCUUGUUACAACAGCAAGAUUCAGCAACAAAUGUUGUUGAAUCUUCAAGAAAAGUUAGCAAGAAGCUUGAGCAAAAGAAUAAGAAUGAGAAUUGCGUUGAUGGAUCCACCUCAGGAAAGAUUCCACGGAGAGGAACGGGCAAGAAAAGGGACAGGCAUAGUAAGAUCUGCACCGCUCAAGGUCCUAGAGACCGGAGGAUGAGGCUGUCUCUUCAGAUUGCUCGCAAGUUCUUCGAUCUUCAAGACAUGUUGGGUUUCGACAAGGCGAGCAAGACUAUCGAAUGGCUUAUCUCCAAAUCGAAGGCCUCCAUUAAACAAGUUAAAGAAAGUGUAGCUGCAUCAGGAGGAGAAGAAGGAGGAGAGUUUGUACAUCUCCAGGUUGGUGAAAAGGCAAAGGAUGAGACUUUGAAAGUCUCAAAGAGAACAAAGAUGGUAGAGAGCUCUUGUAAGAAGAAAGAGUCGAGAGAGAAAGCUAGAGAACGAGCAAGAGAGAGAACAAUGACGAAGAUGAAAAUGAAAUUAUCAGGACUAAUUGAUUCCUCCAAAACAUUCUCAGAUCCUGAUCAAGAAACAAGAAAGAUCAAAAUAAUCGGUGGUGCACAAGUACUAGAAGGGGAAAGUCAAGAACAAGAAUGGACUAAUCAUGUGAACAUGGUAGAGUAUCAAAUGGAUUCUGUGAGCAUCAUAGAGAAAUUUCUUGGACUAACCAGUGAUUCUAGCUCCUCUUCCAUUUUCCGAGAUUCCGAGGAAUCUUACGCAAAUCUUAGCUCAACAAGAGGUGCUACUUCAACAGCAGGAAUAAUGACACCAGAGGAAAACACAACAACUUCAACAGCAUCAGUAGAUGAGGAGAGAAACCCUAUUUCAUCCUUUUCACUAUACGAUUAUCUCUGCUACUAAUGAUCACGAGGCUCCAUUCUUCUGAGGUAUUUGGAGUUUCUCUAUGCAUCAACAUAAGAGCCAUGAGACAAACCUUUCGCAUAUUUACCUAAGUGUAGACAUUUGUGUGUGUGGGUUUGGUCUGCUAAUCUGUUUGAGGCUUUGUACUGCACGCUUGAUUGAUGGAUAGAUAUAAAUUAUAAUUUUGUGGUUUCAAAUAAUUAACUAUUAAGCAAGUUUCUUCUCAGGCGUUGGUUUUAUUAAUUGGUG